AUGAGUGCUGAUAACAACCCAGUCAGUAUUAAAAAGUGUAUCCGUUUGUUAUUUCAAGAUAAAGAGCAGCAAAAUUUUUUAUCUCUACGAUCAUUAAUAUUAAAUGGCUUAACGAACGAAAAUGUUAGACAGUUACUCGACUGCUGUCAACAACAUGAAUGUUUACCAAAUUUGCAAUGUUUAGCUAUUCUAAAUUCAGCUGGUUAUACUUGUUUCAAUUUGAGUUAUUUAUUUAUAUUAUGUAAACAGUUACCAAACCUUUUACAUUUAAAUUUAAACUGUCUACAACUUGCCCUACAUACGUACGUUCGUUCACCAUAUCCAUUAAAAUGUAAAAUAAAAUUUCAUUUAAUUAUUGAAAAUGAUUAUUCGGAUUUUAGACAUUUUGAAUUACUUUUAAAAAAUAUGCCAAACUUAUAUUAUUUAAACAUUGAUGGUUCAUCAGGUGUUCGAUUUAAUUUUUAUCGAUAUCCAUGGAAUCAUUUUUUCUAUAGUCAACGAUGGCAAAAUUUAUUAAGUCAAUUAACAAAAUUAAAGCAAAUUUCUAUUGAUAUAACUACAAAGUUUUGUGAUAAGAGUAAUAAUAAUAGUAAUAAUGGAGAAACUCUGAUUAAAAAUAUAAAUGAUACAAUAUUACCAUCAUUUAAUAAUAAUGAAUUUUUUAAAAAUCUCCAUUUUUCGAUUGAGUUGCAUACAUAUCAUCCUAUCGGUUUCUGGGAUACCAGAGAUGCUGAACUUAUGAAGCUACUAGAUAUAACGCGAGCUGAUCAAUAUAAAUAUUAUCAUUCUGUACGUAUCAGUUGUAAUUAUAAUUGUUAA